AUGGAUCCUUUCCACGUAAGAACGAAAAAAUUCAGAGAUCCAUUUUCCCGACCUUGGUUGAGAGAUACAGGAGCAGCUGCACCGUCUGGUUCCGGAAAUGUAGGACUAAAAGGUGUUUUAGCCGGUGGAAUAACCGGCGCGAUGGAAGCAUGCACAACAUAUCCAACAGAGUACGUUAAGACGCAGUUACAGUUAGAUGAAAAAGGAGAUAAGAAAAAAUACGACGGUAUAAUAGAUUGCGUCAAAAAAACUAUUAAAAAUCACGGAUUCAUUGGAUUGUACAGAGGUCUCAGUAUAUUGAUAUAUGGAUCCGUACCAAAAUAUGCCAUCAGGUUCGGAGCGUUUGAAACUUUCAAAAAUUAUAUGAAAAAAGACGAUGGUACUUUAACUCCAGGUGGUAGAAUGUUAUGUGGAUUAGGCGCAGGUAUUUGCGAAGCUAUAUUUGCUGUAACUCCGAUGGAAACUAUCAAAGUAAAAUUUAUUAACGAUCAACGUUCCGGAAAAUCUAGAUACAAAAGUUUAUUCCAUGGUGUAGGACUUAUUAUCAAAGAAGAAGGUUUGAGGGGUGUGUAUAAAGGCGUCACUGCAACUAUUUUAAAACAAGGUAGUAACCAAGCUACAAGAUUCUUUGUUAUGGAAACUUUGAAAGACUACUAUAAAGGAGGAGAUCACGAUAAAAAAAUCCCCAAGCUGUUGACAGGUCUAUUCGGUGCUUUUGCCGGUGCUUGUUCAGUGUACGUUAAUAAUCCAGUUGAUGUAGUUAAAACUCGUAUGCAAGGUUUGGAAUCGAAUCGAUAUAAAAAUACUUUGGAUUGUGCCUUACAAAUAUUAAGAAAUGAAGGUCCCAGAGCAUUCUAUAAAGGUACCAUACCCAGAUUGGGUAAAGUGUGUCUUGACGUCGCCAUUACAUUCAUGAUUUAUGAUAGCAUCAUGGAAUUUUUCAAGAAAAAUCCAUAG